UUCAGUCCCCUAUCUGUUCCUCGUAGAGAAAUGAGCUCUCUGGUCAAAUGACACCAAUGUGUAGUUGACAGGUAGAUCGAUGUGGAUGCCGGAGACCAUAAGAUGGCCUCCACAUGUGGACAUGGAGAUGGAGGAGGAGGCAGGUGAGGUGGGCUGUCUGGAUUCAAGAGAAAGCCGAGCAAACAAAGAUUUGCAGUCGGAAAACAAGGAGGAGAUAAAAAGAAGAACAGCUUUCACAGUUCAUUUGUAUAGUAACCGCACAAAUAGGAAAUGACAGCCCACGAGUCAAUAGUCAAUCUAUCGGGACGGAGGAGAACCAUUGGUUUUGCUCCUCCUCUCCUCUGACUUCCGCCCUCUCCACCACCGAGCUCGAUCCAUCCUUCCGGCCUCUGCCCACAACUCCACGGGUAUUUCUUUCCUUGUGUUUUCUGCUCACCGAAACAUUCCGUCAAAACUUUCCCUUGCCACUGGCGCAAUUGCGUGACUGAUCCUUCUGAUGCCAUGAGUCUUGUCUUCCGGCUCUUCUUGGGCACGUUUUUGAUCCAUUUUCGCCUCCUGUUUGGCUCAGAAUAAUCUUCAACAAUCAUUUUUUUGCGUGUUUCAGUGGUAAAAAUUUGAUCUUGACUUGAAUUAAUUGGAGAAGACGAUGCUCCCUUCAUGGAUGAUAUCUGCGAGGAGACUUAGAUUUGGCUGAUUCAGGAAGGGGCGUUGAGGAGGAAAGAUGGGUGAGAGCAUGGCUGCUAGAUAUUGGUGCCACAUGUGCUCUCAGUUGGUGAAUCCGAUCACGGAAGUGGAGCUCAAAUGCCCGCACUGUGACAGUGGAUUUGUGGAGGAGGUGGACGGCAGAGAAGACGUGGACGAUCAAACCCUCUCCCCAUGGGCUCCGAUCUUGCUGAGAAUGCUCGGGGGUGGCUCCCUGCGCCGCCGGAGAAUCCACAGGGAAGUGGAAAGGGAGAGUUCGGACCGAGAAGUCGAGACCUUUCGCCGAAGGCGGAGGAGGACCCCCGCCAUGCUUCAGAUGCUCCAUGCCCUCCGGGAGGGGAACCGAUCGGAGCCGGGUAGGAUCGACGUCGAGAGGGAGCACGGAAGGGGAACGGAACAUGUCAUCCUCAUCAAUCCCUUCGCCCAGGCAUUGAUUCUGCAAGGAUCAUCUGAUGCGGACCAACUGCAAGGCCCUGGUCUGGAGCUCUUGCUGCAGCACCUGGCGGAGAACGACCCGGACCGGUACGGGACGCCGCCGGCUCUGAAAGAGGCGGUGGAUGCAAUGCCUACAGUGAGAAUCGAGAAGAACACGAGCUGUUCCAUCUGCUUGGAGGAUUUGGAAGUUGGCGGAGAGGCCACGGAGAUGCCCUGUAAGCACAAGUUUCAUGGCGGCUGCAUCUUGCCGUGGCUGAAGCUCCAUAGUUCCUGCCCUGUUUGCCGGUUUCAGAUGCCUGCCGAUGGAUCGAAGGCUACAAGUGCAGGUGGUAGUGGCAACAGAGCGGCGGUCGGGGAUGGGAGAAGCGUGCCAUGGCCUCUCGAUGGCUUCUUCCCUUUGUCAGCUUCUCGAAGCAGUAGCAACUCCUUCUCAUCACCGCCAUCAUCAUCGACGUCGGGAAGUAGCUCGCAGCCAAAUGAGAACUGAAGACGUGCGCUCAAUCUCUGCUGCCGAAAUUGCUUCGUUUUCUUGUUUAGCAAUCUGAAAGAACAAAAUGCUUGCAAUUGCAUUGUCCUUUGGAUUCUCGAGUGUCUGCUGCUGUCUGAGGAUUUCAAUCUCUCGUCGUUUAUUAGUUCUCUUCGAACAA